AUGACUGAAGAGAUUAUCCAGAAAGUUGAAAAAGUGAAAUUAGCUGAAGGUGAAAAUGCACCAAUCCUUGGUCCUGAUGGACAACCAUUGUCCAAGAAAGCUUUGAAGAAACUCGAAAAGGAAAGGGAGAAAGAAAGAAAGAAAGCAGAAAAGGCUGCUCAAUUAGCUCAAGAACAAGCAGCAAGAGAGGCUGCAGCUGCUGCAAAUGAUACCGCUAAGGAAAAUUAUGGUAAGCAACCAUUGAUGCAAUCUAAAAAGGAAGAUAUCACUGGUAUUAAGAGAACAAAAAUCACUGAAUUAUCCUCUGCUAAUGACGGUGAAGAAGUUGUUUUUAGGGCAAGAAUUCACACCGCAAGACAACAAUCAGCAAGCAUGUGUUUCUUUGCUUUUAGACAGCAAGAUGGAAUCGUUCAAGGUCUAUUAAAAUCUAAUGGUGACUCUAUUUCAAAACAAAUGGUCAAGUGGGCCGCAGGUUUAAGCUUGGAAUCUAUUGUUCUCGUUCAUGGUACUGUUAAGAAAGUUGAUGAAUUAGUCAAGUCUGCAACAGUCCAAGAUGUUGAAAUCCAUGUCACCAAAAUCUACUUGGUCUCCGCUGCACCAUCUCAGUUGCCUCUUCUAAUUGAGGAUGCGUCUAGAUCUGAUGCUGAAGCUGAAGCGUCAGGUUUACCUGUGGUUAACCUAGAUACAAGAUUGGAUGCAAGAGUUAUUGAUUUGAGAACAAUGACUAACCACUGUAUUUUCGAAUUGCAAAGUGGUAUUUGUUCUCUAUUCAGGGAGUAUUUAUCUAAGUUAAACUUCAGAGAAGUUCAUUCUCCUAAAUUAAUUGGCUCUCCAUCUGAAGGUGGUGCAAAUGUCUUUGAAGUUACCUAUUUCAAGACUAAGGCAUACUUGGCACAAUCUCCACAAUUCUACAAGCAACAAUUGAUUGCUGCUGAUUUUGAGAGAGUCUUCGAGAUUGCACCUGUUUUUAGAGCUGAGAACUCUAAUACACACAGACAUAUGACUGAGUUCGUUGGUUUAGAUAUGGAAAUGGCAAUUGAAGAAGAUUAUCAUGAAGCUGUUCAGGUUUUGGCCGAUAUGCUCAUUUUCAUCUUCACAGAAUUGAAAAGAAGAUACGCAAAGGAAAUUGCAACCAUUAGAAAACAAUUCCCUGUUGAAGAAUUCAAGAUCCCUGAAAAAAUGGUUAUCCUCCACUACAAGGAAGCAGUUGAAAUGUUGAACGCAAAUGGUAAAGAACAAGGGGCUUAUGAUGAUCUAUCUACAGAGAAUGAGAAAUUCUUGGGUAAGCUUGUUAGAGAAAAGUAUGACACUGAUUUCUUUAUCUUGGACAAAUUCCCUCUCGCUGUCAGACCUUUCUAUACAAUGCCUGAUCCAGAAGAUCCAAAUUACUCCAAUUCUUACGAUUUCUUCAUGAGAGGUGAAGAAAUUUUAUCUGGUGCACAACGUAUCCACGACCCAGAAUUAUUGAAGGAAAGAAUGAAGUUCCAUGAAGUUGAUCCAACAAGUGAUGGUGUUUCCGAUUACGUCAAUGCAUUCACUUAUGGUUGUCCUCCUCAUGCGGGUGGUGGUAUUGGUUUGGAAAGAGUCUUGAUGUUUUUCUUGGAUUUGAAGAACAUCAGACGGGCCUCUUUGUUCCCAAGAGACCCAAGACGUUUACGUCCAUGA